CCUUCUCCCUUCUCCAUCUGUUCUCCAUGAUGUGAUUUCAUCACCUAGACAUUCAAGGUCCUGUUAUCAACAAUGUAGCGGUACCCCACGCAACUUGUCUCUGAGCUUUCCACAAUGUUUCGCGACAAUUCUGCCGUGCAGUAAUUGAAAGCUUGAAAGUUCUUGGCGUUUAAAGUUAGGAUGGCCGCCAAAAGUUCGUCAAGUGGCCGUGAGGAAUCUAGACUCCAUUCAUGCUCCAAAGUUGGUGAUACCUCAUUUCCUAACAAAAAGUUUCUGACAACUCCUGUGAUGACUGAGGUAAUGACAGAAAAAGUUUUCAAUGAUAGUGUUCAUGGGCACAUCAGGCUUCAUCCCCUGUGCGUCAAAAUCAUCGAUACUCUGCAGUUUCAACGAUUAAGAAAUUUAAAGCAACUCGGAACCACUUACCUAGUUUUUCCAGCAGCAUGUGGCAAACGUUUUGAACAUUCCCUCGGGGUUGCAUAUUUAGCCGGCCAAAUGGUGGAAGCUCUAAGGUCAAACUGCCCAGAAGUUCAAAUUUUACCUGAAGAAAAAUUAAGUGUGGAAAUAGCAGGCCUGUGCCAUGACCUAGGUCAUGGCCCCUUCUCUCAUCUGUGGGAGCAUUUUCUGAAUGAUUGUGAUGUGAAAUGGAGGCAUGAAGACUGCUCAGUUUCAAUGUUGAAACACCUGGUGAAGGAAAAUAACUUGGAAAGUGAGUUUAAACGAUACAAUGUUAACAUUGAUCUUGUGGCGGAGCUUAUUUUGGGCGAAGGACAAAGACUACCAAAUAAACAGUAUUUAUAUCAAAUUGUAAACAACAAACUCAACGAUAUUGAUGUCGAUAAAUGGGACUACUUUUUGCGUGAUGGAAAGCAACUGAACAUUUCAAUUUCCUUUGACUACAGGAGACUGUUGACAUUUUGUCGCCUUGUGAAGUCACCUAUCACGGGUGACUACGUCAUCGGUUUUCGAAAUAAAGAGGCUGUCACAAUUAACGAUAUGUUCAGAGUUCGAGCUGAUCUUCAUCUACGAGCUUAUCAGCAUCAAGUUGUCAAAGUAUUAGAACUAAUGUUUGUUGAUGCCUUUGUUGCGGCAAAAGACGAUUAUACAGUCAAUGCAGAUGGUAAAACGUUUAAGUUACACGAAGCUCAAGAAAAUAUGAAUGCCAUGUCUAAACUCUCUGAUCACAUUCAUCAUGUCCUGUUGUAUGAUAGUCGCUUUGAUAAUCAUCCGGCCAGGAAUAUACUGCAGAGGAUAAGCAGACGUCAGUUGUACCCCUUGGUGCACCGCUUCAAUAUCAAUGAAAUCCUGAGUGAAAGUGCUCCGAAUAUAAAGAAAGAUGCCUUAGCAUAUACUGUCAGGGACUUGAGAAAGGUGCUGAACGAUAAAAUUCCAGGACACAAGUUUAGUGCAGAUGCAUUAAGACUUGAUUUUGGAUCUCACAUAAAUCCCCUGUCCAAAGUUGUCUUUUUCAAGAAGCCAUCUUCUAGUCGACACCCUGCAGAUUUAGAGGUUGAUCACCAUGCCGUGGAUGAAUUAUCAAAAAUCCUUCCGUGUCAGUUGAAUACUGGAAAUAAAAUAGAAAUUCUUGUUUUUGCGGAAGAAGCAAAGGAUCUCCAAUCACUAUCUACUGCAGUUUCUCAAGCCUGUCAACAGUAUUUGCCUGAUAUUCUUUGUAAGUAUAUGCCAUCUUCGUAGUGUAAAUUACAAACUCAUCAUUUGUAGAUAAUCUUUCUUUUUUGGGCUUCAAAAGUCCAUUCUGUUCUUCUCAUUUGUUCUUCUUGUUGGAGUGUUCCGUUUCAAUGGAAAACAGAUUUUCUCAUAAUAUCCUUCUUUCAUUAAAAAAGACACCUCGACGGCUAAGGGACAAUACCACCCAUCAUAACUGCAAACUGACGAUUUUACAAGAUGAAGAAGAAACUUCUCCAUUUUUGUGAUUUUGAGGUUGCAUGCAAUUUUGUGUAUACAUUGAAGCGUCAUCACAGAGUCAUUACAGCCCUCUCAUACGGAAUUGGAAAAAACUUAAACCAUCUACUUACAUAUCUAUUUUAGACUGUAGAAUGCAGCAAAAUUUCUAACUUAUUUUCCCAGAUAUUGCCAGUUAGGUGGUAUUGUACCUUAGCUGUCGAUCUUGAUUUAGGUGGUAUCACAUAUCUUGUAAAUUCUCUAAGAUAAACAUCUCAUAAAAUUGUUUCAUCUUUGAAGCUAAAAUUGUUACCUUUUUAAUUAUGUAGAGCCAAGUUUCAAAUCAGCAUAGCUGAUGGAUUUUGAAUCUCUAAAAAGGCAUUAUCAUAGGCGCCCACUAACAAUCUGAUCAAUUUUUGUUUCUUAUAAAAUGUGCACUUGUACAACACACAGUAAGACAUUCCCAAGUAUAACCUGCAUGGCAAGUUUUGACUGUUUAGAAUCAGAAAUUAUACAGGGGCUAUAUACGGGCGCCUACGAUUCCUACCUUCGGAAAAAGAAAGGACAGAAAGUGUUUAGAGGAAGGGUGAUAAAUCAAAAUUUACCUGUUUGCAAAUGUAAGUUUUUCUGGUCAAGGCAAUGAAGUAGAUGAAUCGCUGUGUUGGUAUUUUGUCCAAAUUUCAAUUAACUAUUGGAUAAAAACUGGAAUCAACCUGACUGCAUUUCACUUUCACAUCGCCUAGUUUUCUCUCAUGGCUCAUAUUUUAACAGAGAACUCAACUACUAAACGCUCUUAACUUUUCUGUGCAUUUGUCUUGGAUUAUGAAAAUUGUUGUUGCUGUCAAGUUGCAGUAUUGUUUAGUUAUCUGUCAUAAAAAAAAAUUCUGAUGUAGUCAGGCUGUUUCGUUUUAAGGUUAUUCUAAGAGAUCUAGGGCAGAGGUCCCCCUCUCUGUAUGCUGCUAUCCAGAUUGUGCCCUUGAGAAGCAAUAAUUACUUUAAUUUACAAAUGAAUGCAAGAAACUGACCCAAAACGUGUAUAAGUAUUAACUCCAGGUAGUAUGACAUCAAAUUUGUGAAGAUUCAUUGAAAAUUUAUAUCAAAAAUUACGAGAAUGGACUUUGUUCAUCAACUCAACGUGUGAGAGAGAUAGCAUCAUACAUAAUAUCACUCUUCAAGGAAUUGAGUCAAUGAGGUGAAUCCGUUUUUAUAAUUUUCAAUAUAAGUUUCCAACAAAUUCUCAUUUUGAUGAUAUAGCUUUACUACAUUAUCAUACCUUUAUGGAUCAGCUUCUUGCAUUAAUUUAUAGAUUAUGAUAAUCAUUGCUCUCAAAGGCACAGACUGUGAAGCGGCGCAACGCAGAGGAGGAUUUCUGCCUCAGAUCACUUGGAAUCACCAUAAAUCCGUCGAAGUGUUCUAAAGAUUUUGUAACGUAAAAUUCCAAAAUUUGAUCUUGCCAAAUGUAUUAAAUUUAAAAUAUUCAUUCUAAAAGCUUCACUUUUUUGCUAGGGACGCCAAAUUUUUUGUACCUAAGUAGUUUUGCUACUGAGUGACGGAUGAACAAAAUUUUCCGUUUUUAGUAUACAAAAUGAUGUGUUCAGUAGCUCAUGUUUGAGAACUUACUUAAUCAGGGUACCGUACCUGCCUGUGAUAAGAUAUUUACAAAUUUAUUUUAUCUAGGUUUUAUAGCAUUGGGGGUAUUUUAUGGUGGGUUUUGACCAGCAGAAUGAUUAUUAUUUUGUUUUUCCAUGUAUAAAUACUUUAUCUAUCCUUAUUUAUUUCUUGAAAGUGCACUGGUGUUCAAUAGAUACAAUAUGUAGCUUGGGGUACGCAGAAAGGAACUAUCCCAUUUUUUUCUGGAAUAUAAGUCGGAAGUGAUCGAAAAGUUUGAUCAAAAUCAAAAGGUUCAGAGCUAAAAACGCAUCAAUUGCAUUAUGUGGGAGAGUCUCACCUCAAAAUGUAUCUUUAUGCAUCAGCAAGUGCGCGUUUCACAUCUCUCUCUUUAGGAAUUUGUACUAAAUCAAGCUCAGAAAAAAUUCACAAAUAUUUUAAAGGAUGUUCCGAAAUCGUUCAUGAGUAAAUAAGUAUCUUCUGAAGUAGAAACUUUGCAACAUUGCAAUUUAGUAUUGUCCCGCUAUAGCUCUGAGCCUUCCAUUUAUUUUUUAUUAGAAAAAUAGAAAAGAAAAACCUGCAAUUUUACCCUUUGCAAUGAGUUGAAAACUGAAUCAUCGAGGCUCAUGGAGCAUACGAACUUCAAACCUGUUCUACUCUGAAUUAAUUUUGUCCAGGUUAGUUCCUUUCCAUGCAACUUGGUCCAAGUAGUUUUAUGUAUUAUGAGUUUAUCAUGAAAGAAUCUCCUUGUAAGUCAAAACGUGUAGCUCAACUUAGUACAUCACUGAUUUUUUUUUUUUGGAACUCCUUGUUUCUGUUUGGCAUAAAUACAUUAAUAUACUUUGCUUUGUCAAAUAAUCUCCAAAGCGAUGACCAAAGUUUAAAAUCGCGCAUCUCCAUUUACGACAUUGCAGACUUUCCGGCAUACUCCCCAGCAUACUUUAUUUUUUCUUACAAAGUAAAACUAGUCAAUUUGAUUUCUUGAAAACUCAUCGAUUUUUCUUAUCUGUUAGUGGAAUAUUCUGUAUGGAUUUCAAGCUAUGAAAUUGGCUUCUUUCCUCUAAAAAAACUGAAAUAAGAGCGGAAAUUUUGAUACAUCGCAAUAGAGAUGCGCUGUUUCCAACUUCGGCUAUCAAAAUAUUAUCCAGUAGUGAAGAGAAAAUGACAUCUUGUCUCUCUUUUACCAUGACAAGUGAAGAGUUUGUCAGUUACCAUUGAUUUUGUACAUUUAUUUCUUUGCUGAUUGAAGGUUUUAGGUUUGUUAAUUGCUUCUAUGUUUAUGUUUUUUAUUUUUCCGCUUCUUUCCCUAGGUAUAAUCUAAACCAUAAAAUUUAUGGUGAAUCCUUUUUCUCUAUUUUCAUUCCUUCUGCUAAUUAUUUUUUUGGCAACUUUUGGUGUUAAAAGAGAGAGAAUGAACAAGUCAGAUCAGUGUCCAUGAUAUCCUAAAUUCAUACUUUUGGUAGUAUGUUCACGUAUUUAGUAUACCUUAUUUUCACGAUUAGAAUUGAGAAGAAUGAGUAUCCAAGUAUGAAUAACAUUCACUUGGAUUUCAAUCACUCUGACAAUGUUUAUUUGUGUAAAGAACAAAUGUGUGGUAGAAAAUUCUGAAACCAAGAAGUGCUCUUAUCGUACUUAAGUCCUCAAUUAUAAUUGCAGACUUAAAAUUUGGAUGGAUUUUAUAAUCUUGCACUAAAGUAUCGUUGAUUUAACUAUCAAAAUAUGACUUCCUCUCAAUCGCAACGGAACUAACAAGCCCAAUUUUUAUCUUGGUUCACUGUUUUUAAGCUAAAUUUUCUGUUGGUAUCAAGGACAGAAAAUCUCCUAAUUUUGUUUGUUUUCAUUAUAAUGUUUAUUAGUUUUCUUUUUCUACUUUUUCGUAUUUCUAUGUAUCGUAAAUUUAAUUUAAUUUUCAAAUUGAAAGUUAAUCACUUGUUUUUCAAAAUUGAAACCAAAAAACUUCUGCUUUUGAUGUAUAACCUUUUGAAGAAAUGUUUUCUAUGUGUUAUUUGGUUAUUGUAAUUUUUUAAGUCAUCAUUUGGUUCACUUUAGUUUGUUUUUUUCUGCAUAAGUACUUAUUGAAGGUAUUCUCAUUUUGUUCUUUUAAUCACAUCUAUAUGUUACCUUAGACUCUAAAUAAUUCCUCAUAUCAAAAGUAUUUGUCUGUUUCUAUUCUGAAGGUUCAGACUUAUCAGUUUUUUUCUGUUUCAAAGUACAACUCCCCUAGUUUCACUGACCAUUAAAGGCCUUUAAAAAUAAGUCGAAAAAUUCUUAAAUUGUGCAAGUUAAACUAUUACUGUAAAAUUUGCUGUAAAAUGGUUUGUUUAAAAUAUGUCAUGGAAGCUUUGGCAUCAAAAUUUUGCUACUUUCUAAAAAUGACUCAUAUUGAUACUGAACAUAACAUAAACUUUUAGAGACACAAUACAACAUUAGAAACUGAAAUUGCGUGCAACAGUUCUGUCGAAAUUGACUUAAAGAAAGUGACAAAAAACUUAAAAUAGUGCAAUAUUUACCUGAUUGAUAACAGAAAAGAUUUCCUCACUCCGAUAUUGUAACAGUUUUUUUUUAGGAAUUUUCUUUGCACCUCACAAUUUUUCAGAUUUUUUUUUAUUAAAAGCCAAUGCUGGUAGAGAUCUAUCUUUGCAGUUAAUAGCUGUUAGAGGUGAAUUCUUGCAAGGACAAACGAGCAUGUAAAUAUUGACUGUAUUUACUGCAUUGUAUAUUGUUUUUGUCUUUAAUUUUGAGCAAAAAAUGAAUCCAUUAGGUCAAAAAAACAUGUUAUUUGUAUUUUCCUACAAAGUCUCUAUUAAAAACAAGUCAAAAAUCCGCAAUCCAAUUUCAAAAUAUUUAACCUUGAUUUAAAAAACAGAACAGUGAAUUGAGCAUUUGACAGUGAAACUUCCAAAUCAUACGCCUUAGUUUGCAGCGUUGUAGACAUCUUGUAAUACUUGAUUUUUUAAAUGGAAAACUACUCGUUGUCAAUUUUUGAAAACUUGAAGAAAUUAUGUUGAUUUGGUCUCCUUAAGAAAAAUAAUAUGAGAGUGGAGGUUUCAAAACAUUGCAAACGAGAUAUGCGGUUUGGGAGUCUUACUGUCGAUUUGAAUGUAUUUGCUUUCAUUUUCGGUUUUUGAAGGACUAGCCUGAGUGGAGACAGCCUAAACGCCUAAACAUACCACUCGCUUGAAUAGUCCUUUUUUGACUGGAAUACGGAGGUGAAACCAGCUACAUAGCAGAAUUUGUUUGAUAUCCAAUCGUUUGUUUUACUUCUGCAGGAGCGGAAGAUUCAAUUGGUGCUUGGACAUGGACCAAAAGAAUAAAUUUAUUCUCUUGGUCCAUGGCUUGGAUGAGACGAAUGUUUGGUUCUAAAUAUUUGGGUGAAUUUUAGUUCUCCCUCUGUGCUAUACAUGUUGUAUCUCUUUCUUCCAAAAUGUUAUUCUUUUUCUAUCAUGCAGGUUUUAGCAAGCUACCAAACCGUUUGUUAACACCCUUACUCAAAUCAAUGCAUGCUGGAAGGGCAUCAGUCCAAACACUCAUGAGCCCUAAUGUCCUGCUUACUCAACCAAAGCCAUGGCUCAUGAGCUUUUUAACUUACGCCUUUUUAGCAUGCAAUCAUUCAUUUUAACUUUGUAACCAUGCGGGUUAUCUACUUAGUUAGCUAGGUUAUUUCGAACAAUAUUUUCACAUUUGGAAGUUGCAUGUAAUCUCUUUUUUUCUCUUAAUGGUAAUUUUACCAAAAAUUAGAAGUAUCCAAAUGCAUAGUAUUUACCUUGAAAUAAUUAAUUUCUUUGCUUUUCUUAGAUACAGCAUAUCUUCCAUUGAUUUCCUGCGUAAAUGUAGGUGCUUUUCUUAAUGUAUUGUGUUCUUAAUUUCUGUUUGGUAAGUGAUGCCCAAAUGGUAUUCUUCCUUUUAACUAGGUGCAUCUAAGUAAUCCAUGUUUGUUUACCCAUAAAGUUUCUACAUGUUUUUUACUUAUGUUUUAUUAAAUUUUUUUGUAGUCUUUUCCUUACACUUUAAGUUUAUGGAAUUUUUAACAGUCAAAAUUUGAGAGAAAAAAUUUAUGUUUCAAAAACUCGUUGUUUGCUAGCAAUAAAUUUGAUUUCAAAACUA